AUGGAGAGGAGGAAGAGGAGGAGGAGAAGGGGGGGGAGGAAGAGGAGGAAGAGGAGGACCGUGGAGGGGAGGAAGGGGAGGAAGGGGAGGAAGGGGAGGAGAAGUAGGAGGAAGUGGUGGGUCAUUGAGGGGAGGAAGAGGGGGGGAGAAGCAGGAGGAAGUGGUGGGUCAUGGAGGGGAGGAAGAGGAGGAUGGGGAGGAGGCGGGGAGGGGAGCUCAAGGGGAGGGGGGCACAGAGGGGGACGUGGUGGGUUUUCACCUACUACUACGCAAUUUCAGGGGGACGCCAUCUUAGUCACAGAGAUGGACAAGAUGACAAUUUCGGGGGACAACGACAAUGAAACUAUUGCGUUAUCGAAACGAGUUCUUGCUUUUAGGGACAAGCAGUGGGUUUUCCCAAUCCGAAAGGAGUACAAUACGACUUCCGGGCGACCCACCUAUGUCAUAGCCAACUACUACGAGUUAAUGACCAGUACACAAACAAAAAUCGUAAGAUAUGUAUUCGAAAUGACCGGGCCUAAUAGAAGCAAAGAACUGGUCGAUAGCUUCAUCCAAAAAGAAUUCCCCACCGUCGUUGAGUAUCUUUGCCCCGACUAUGGAGGCUAUCUAUAUGCUCCGGAGGACUGGAUACCGGGAAAGCAACACUUCACAUAUCCGGCGGGUCAUGAAUUUGAGGGCCAAACAUUCACUCUGAAAUCUCGAUUGGUUCUCAACGUUGACGAAUACCGUGACUACCUUGCAGCCUCAGACGUUCCAAUAUCCUCAAUUCUACCACUCGCACAUGAAGAAACGGAGAAUUGUGUUAUUCCAGUAGCCUUCUACGCUGUGUCGAUGGCACUCAAUGCUAUUAUAAUUCGCAACCCUAGACUCAAAAACACCCACUUAAUUCACGAGAAGGGAAAUACUAUGUAUGACUCCAGGAAGGGGAAGGUAUUGAGUCAAGACCCAUGCUCCAUAAGCGGAUUGGAUACUGGGCACUCCGCACAAAUUAUUGUUGGUCUUCACGCCUCUGUUAGACCAGGAUCACAACGGUGCCUGGUGAAUGCAAGCAAGGUGACGAAUUUAUACUAUAGGACAUUACCAAUGGAAGAUAUUGUCAAUUUGCGUGAAGGAACUCACGGUCAAGGUGUGAAUCUGGAAAAUCGGCUGCUCGAUAAAACAGAAGAGAAGGGUGUCAACCAAUGCUGGACAGGGGUUCUUAUCAGGGUGGAUUUACCUGAUGGGACAUCCCAGUACCGAGUAUUAAAACGCGUUCAUAAUGGAAACGCACAGCAAGUAAUCUGGGAGACCCGCGAGGGUGUUCAGGUUACAGUAGAGAUGUAUUCAAUUCGGAAGUGGUGCCGCGCAGCCGAGGGCCAGAAGUUUAAAGUACGUCUUGCGGCAUCUGGGUCCAGGGAUAUGAUUUAUCACUCCUCUUCUGCCCCCUUUGAGUACUUGGCAACUCUGAAAGACGAGUUUUCGAACAUGUUUCAUAGAGCUCAGGAUAACCUAACGCUAAGCCGUUUUGGCCUUGACAUCGGGAAAGAGCUUCUCAAGAUACAAGCUCGAACACUGGCAAUGCCAAGGGUGAUGAUGGGAAGGAACAGCACUGCAGAUAUAGACUCCGACAAUGGAUCGUGGCGCCCUAGGGGCAAGAGCUUUCACUCUCCGGCUGCUUUGCUGCCUUAUAUUCUGCUCGAAAUCCGGACUGGUGCUAGGGCGGUUCGAGUCGACCCGGGUGUGGGUAAAUCAUUCAAAGAUCUUAUUAUUGCACUUUUGGGGAAGUGUCGCGGCUACGGUAUGACCGGAACCGAGGUCGCGGCAUCUGGGGAGUUUACACUUUGGCUUACGAGCUCAAGGGAUGAUCCGAGAGUUGACAUUGAAAAUCUAUUUAAGGGUCGUAUCGAGGGUUUCAAGGGCGGGGCUGCAGGUGCGCAGGUCCCGUUAAUUUUUUGCCUACUUCCCGGGAGCGACUCGAGGUACUACAAUGCUAUAAAACGCGCUGGGGACGUUUUGAGUGGGGUUUUGACAAUUUGUAUGGAUGGAAACAAGACAAGUAAUCAGAAGAUAGCCCGCGACCCCGGUUCAUACUGCGAAACACUUGCGUUGAAAGUUAAUCUCAAAUGCGGUGGGAUUAACCAUUCGACUCAAUCAGACCUGGUGCUUCAACAUAUCUUUCCGGGGUUGGAGAGCAACACGGUCAUGCUCCUUGGAGCGGAUGUCUCCCAUUCAGGGAGGAGGGAUCUACCCUCAAUCUCGGCAAUAGUUGGAAGCUAUGAGCCGAGUCAUUCGAGACUGUAUUCUGAGGUUGCUUACCAAAAGAACCAAGAAAUGAUUGAAAAUAUGGCCGAAGGGGUCCGAAGUCAUCUUGACCGUUUUCAUGAUAAACAUAAAACUCUACCGAGAUUUAUAGUUAUGUUCCGGGACGGUGUUAGUGAAUCGCAGUAUCGACAGGUUCUUGACAGAGAGGUUGUUGCGAUAGACGCUGCGGUUGAUAGGGCCUUUCUACAAUCUGGCACCCAAAGAACCCCGGAAAGGCCAAAAUUAGUGGUUCUUGUAGUUGGAAAGCGGCAUCACACUCGCUUCUUCCCACCAGGUGCGACAGACAAACGUCACAAGACACUUCCUGGGCUUGUGGUCGAUAGAGCUAUUACUGCGAUAUAUGAGAAGGAUUUCUUCCUCCAGGCACAUGCUGCCAUACAAGGCACACCACGCCCAGCACACUAUUUUGUCAUUCGUGAUGAUAUGGAUUUAAGCGAUACACAGAUUCAGGAACUGGUUUUUAAUUGGAGCUUCAGCUUUGGGCGCUCAUUUCGAAGUGUAUCAUACGCGCCGCCGGCGUAUUGUGCAGAUCUUGCAUGUGGUCGGGCUAGGGCAUGGAUCCAGCAUAAAGUUGACGAUAUCAGAGGCGGGGAAAACCUGUAUCCGGCUUCAGCUAGUGGUUCUAAUAGCAGUUCUGAUAUUACGGCAGUAGCACAGGCCAAUCUGCACGGAAUUGCUGGAGACUGUGGGAGACUGCACGAGGAUUUGAAAGAAACAAUGUGCGAAGCAGAAUGCAACAAGAUCGUUUGCGUUGAACAGAAUAUGGAUAAGGUCAAUAUUGGGAACAAAAGGGGUUUGAUCAAUAUUAUUGAGAUGCAUGACGCAUAA